AUGGCAGAGAUUGGUGUUCAAUGGAAGUUCAUUCCACCUAGAGCACCCAAUUUCGGAGGACUAUGGGAAGCAGCAGUAAAAUCAACAAAAUAUCAUUUGAAACGUGUAAUUGGAUUAACCACUCUAACGUUUGAAGAAAUGACUACAUUACUUACUCAGAUCGAAGCUUGUCUAAAUUCACGGCCAAUCACGGAACUUUCUAAUGAUCCAAAUGAUUACAACGCACUUACGCCAGCACAUUUUUUAAUAGGAGAAUCACUGUUGUUACCACCAGAGCCAAGCAUCUCUCAACAAUGUCCCACACGACGCUACAAACACAUGCAAUUCAUGAUGCAACAAUUUUGGAAGCGAUGGUCAAAGGAAUAUUUGCAAACCCUCCAGAAACAAACUAAAUGA